UAUGUAAACGGAAUUGAAGCUUUCCCACUUGCUAACUUAAUUCUGGUGGUGUCUCUGCGGUUGCAGGACGUGGUGGACAGCAGCCGGACAGAAAUCUAACAAGAUGGCGUCAGCCACAGCGACCUAUGGACAGAAAGAGUCCUCAGACCAGAACUUUGACUACAUGUUUAAGAUCCUCAUCAUUGGCAACAGCAGUGUGGGUAAAACCUCCUUCUUGUUCCGUUACGCCGAUGACUCCUUCACGCCCGCCUUUGUCAGUACGGUGGGCAUCGACUUCAAGGUGAAGACCAUCUACAGGAACGACAAGAGGAUCAAACUCCAGAUCUGGGACACGGCAGGUCAGGAACGUUACCGUACCAUCACGACAGCUUACUAUCGAGGUGCCAUGGGCUUCAUUCUUAUGUAUGACAUCACCAAUGAGGAGUCCUUCAAUGCCGUCCAAGACUGGUCUACUCAAAUUAAGACGUACUCCUGGGAUAAUGCCCAGGUGCUGCUGGUGGGAAAUAAAUGUGAUAUGGAUGAUGAGCGCAUGGUGAGUGGAGACAGAGGCCGCCAGCUCUCCGAACAUCUUGGUUUUGAAUUCUUCGAAGCCAGCGCCAAAGAUAACAUCAACGUAAAGCAGACCUUUGAGCGUCUGGUCGACAUUAUAUGUGAAAAGAUGUCCGAGAGUCUGGAUGCUGGUGAUCCCGCCAUUACGGGGGCCAAGCAGGGGCCUCAGCUGACGGAGCAGCCGGCUCCACCGCACCAGGACUGUGCAUGUUAAAGAUUUCCGUCUGUGUCCUUCUUCCAUUGUCCAUCACCCUUUUGUCACCCAUUUUCCAGUGAGGACCAUUGGCAGGUGGUCCCGGGAGCCAUCUUUUAAAAGUAUCUCUGAGCAAAUCAGCUCUUGAGUUGCUCUUGUAUAGUCAUCAAAUCGCUUUUAUUUGGUUUGUUUUUGUAUCUUUGACGACACCUCCAUGUUUCAGACUCUUUGCAAAGUCAGUUGGGGUUCUUUUAUUGUGUGUGUGUUUGAAAGGAUUUAAAGUGCCACCUAAAUCCUUUUGAUGUUUACGGUAUUUUUUUGUUCGUUUGUCGGGUUCUGGUGAACAAAUUCAUCCGUGUCCAAUUUCUUUUACAGUCAGGUAUGAACAUGUGUCUCACCUUGUAGCCACAUAUUGUUAUUGAAGGUAUCAAGAACCAGCCUUUGUUUUUUUUUUACAUUUCUGCAACUUUUGUUUGUAUUGUGGUGUUGCUUUUAUUUUGCUGCAUCAAGCACUGGGUGAAUGAAGAACAAGACAUAGACAAAGGAGACAAAAUUGCAUUUUAAUUGUAUUUAUUUCAGAUGUUUAUAUAUGAAUAUUGUGCAAUAUAUUAUAUAUAUAUAUCCAGGUAUGCAUUUCUGGAAGUUAAUUGCAAAAGAUAAGUUAUAUGAAGGUAGUAUUAUAUACAUCUAUCAGGUCUUUAUUGUGAAGUUUGUUUGGAUGGUUUGUGUGCGAUUGACUCCCUCCCUCGUAUCCCGGUCAGUUUAUUCUCAUGCAGCUUUGCGGAGAUGUUGCAAAAAUCACCAACCAAUUUAUCACCAACCAAUUCUAUCUUUUUUUUUUUUAGGUAUGCAUUUUUUCUUAUGUCAAACAAUGUUUCAAUCAGAGAGCGAGUGAAGAUUUUUUAUUUUAAUAAUUAAGGCGAACCAAGGAGACUAAUUGUGUCCUUUUGGUGGUGACUGUUUAAAAUAUGACCCUUAACCCCAUCUCAUGUCUUCCUCUCUUAAAAAAAGAAACACAAGUGUAAAAAAAAAAAAAAAGUGUACCUUUGACUCUUAUAUGUUGGUUGUGUUCGAUGGACUCAGGCUUGCAAAAAAAAAUAAUAGGGGAGGAAAAAAACAUGCUGGUAACAACAAAAGAGCCAUGUUACAGUUUGUCUGCAUUCAUAUCACCAGGCUUUCUUGUGAAUGAAUGUUUCAGUUACAAAGCAAUACAGUAACUUAAAAAA